AUGGCCUCCUCCCCCCUCUUCAUCCUGCUGGGGACGCUUGGCCUUGAUGAGACUGCCAGACGCCUAGCCCUCUUUGCCUUGGAGGCCUUCAUGUUAGCCGCUGCUGCCGACCUCCUCCGGCCUGUCGUCCGGUCCAUGAACCAGACACAAUACUUUGCCGACCUCUCGGCUGCGUGGAUCUUCGGGCAAAUCCUCGGCAGGUUCGACUGGUUCCGAAACACCUUCUUUCCUGCAUCAAACAUUGAAUUGAUUCAUGUUGUCGCGGUCACCGGUCGACAGUUCCAUAGCUUCAAGGACGGCCUCGAAUUGGACCCCUCCCUUAUAUGGAAGGGCAAGAAGCAGCCUGUCGUGAUAGCCAUGGCUGCAAUGGCCUCAGCUGCCUUACUGGGUGUAGUCGCAGCUGAUUUCUUGCGGCCCACUGUGUACCCUAAAGGAAACAAAGUGGAAUUCCGCAUUCUAAUGACCUUCCUUAUGACCAAUACCGAGUCGGCUGUGCUCGCUAGGCUUGUGACUGAGCACAAGCUUGGUGCCUCUGAUUUUGGGCAGAUGGUGAUUGCAUCUGCCCUUUUCAAUGAGUUCGUCUGCCUUUUGGGGAUGGCGCUGGUGUUCUCUGCAAACCUGGUGGAGAACAAGAUGUUGGAUCUGGCACUGUGGCCCAUACGGGCCUUUGCCUUUGUUGCACUCAUUUUCUUUGUCGUAGUGCCUGUGUUCAGGUGGAUGAGACGGCGAAGUGGGAUGCACACCACUGACAUGCAGGUAUGUGUGGUGCUGGUGAUGGUGAUCAUUGUGUCAGCCGCCGGACAGCUCCUUGGCUUUGAUGGGAUGCUGGGGUCAAUCGCAUUUGGUGUUUUGUUUCCAAGGGAGUUUCACAUGGCUGUUAAAUUGGCGGACAACUAUUAUUACCUGGUUCGAAUUGUGCUCUUACCCAUUGUGCUUUACCAAAACAUGACGAACGUAUAUGUGCCGCCUCUUGAUCGAAAUGCAUACAUGGUAGCGCCAGUGAUCGGUUUGAUUGCUGUCGUCGGGAAGCUCGCGGGUGCGGUGGCAGCCGCAAGGUUUUACAGGAUGCCCCUACAGGAGGGCCUCUUAAUGGGGUAUCUUUUGAAUGUAAGGGGAAAUGCAGAUAUCAUCUUGCUCUAUCUCUCCAGAGCAAAUGGAUUCCAUAUGUUGGACACUAGAGCUGCGGGCAUCAUGGUAUAUGCCAUCUUCGUAAUCAGCGUCCCGGUUGCCCCUAUCUCUGCAGCCGUGCUGAAAUAUGUGAGGAAGCAGAGCCCUGGCUUCAAGCAUGCAGGAAUUGAGUGGGAAGAAGCUGAAGCUGAGCUCCGCAUGCUCACAUGUGUUCACAGCUUGCAAGACCUGCCCAGCAGCAUCAACAUAAUGGAGGCAUGUCGUGACCUCCCCCUCUCUGUUUACAUGAUGAACCUAAUAGAGUACAAUGAGAGAACUGCCAGCCCCAUCAUGUACAUUCGUCGAUCGAACGACGUUGUCCCCUUGGGAGAUACACAGGAGAUUGCCAACACCAUUGAUGCCUAUGUGCAUAAUGGUGGCAUCCAGGUGCGCCUCACCACUACUAUUUCCUACUACAGGGACAUGCAUGAGGAUGUCUGCCGUACUGCCGCCGAGUUGUGUGCAUCCAUUGUCAUCCUCCCCUUCCACAAGUUUCUUGGGGUUGAUGGAAAGAUGCACACAAGUAAAGCUGGGUACCGUAUGGUGAACCAAGGGGUGCUCAAGCAUGUGUCAUGCUCGGUGGGAAUCCUUGUCGACCGUGGGCUUGGGGGCACCAGGCUUGACACAGCCGCCAGUGCUUUGAACCGUGUGGCUGUGCUCUUCUUUGGAGGCCCUGAUGAUAGAGAGGCCGUCGCAUUCGGAAGUAGAUUUGCUAAGCUUUCCACCAUUGCCUUUAGUCUUAUAAGGUUCUUCCCAGAAGAAGAUGAUCAAUAUAACACCACUAUCAGCUUGGAAGAAGAGAGUAGUCCAUGUGACGAGCUGGAGAAGCACCUUGACGACCGUAUCGUGAAUGAGUUUCGCAAUAGGUACACAGGCAUUGAAAGGGUUACAUAUCAGGAAAGGUUUGUGAGCAUGGGGGAGGACACAUUGGCUAACUUGUUGGCUGUAGAAGUUGCAUACACACUUCUCAUUGUGGGGAGGGGAGAAAAGGGCUCAUCUCCUAUUGUUGAUGGCUUAAGAAACUUGGAGGAGUGCCCAGAGCUUGGACCAGUUGAAGACCUGUUGGCUUCCUCUGAAAAUUCAAAUCAUUGUUCAGUUUUGAUCAUAAGGCAAUAUAGGUCAUCAAAUCAAACAAGCAAACCUUAAUCUAAGCACCGUGGGUUCAAAAUUCUUUU